GGUGGAGGGGGCGGGGCCGGGCGGGGCGGGGCGACCGAGGGCCCCGAGCGCCGUGGUGGGCGGCCGGCGGUGAGGGACCACGGGCCAGCGCGGAUAGCACUCGCUCGGUUGGGGAGAUCAGCGCGCGGCCGCGUGAGCACAGCGUGGAAGAUGGCAGUGAUGGAAACAGCCUGCCCGGGCACCCCUGGCUCUGCAGUUGGGCAGCAGAAGGAGCUCGCCCAAGCCAAGGAGAAGACACAGUCUCUGGGGAAGAAGCAGAGCUCCCUCCUCCAUCUCGAGGCCGUGGAGAAGAGCCCUGUGUUCUGCGGGAAGUGGGAGGUCCUAAAUGACGUGAUUACCAAGGGCACAGCCAAGGAAGGCUCCGGGGGCGGGCCAGCCGCCAUCUCCAUCAUCGCCCAGGCUGAAUGUGAGAACAGCCAGGAGUUCAGCCCCACCUUUUCAGAACGCAUUUUCAUCGCAGGGUCAAAACAGUACAGCCAGUCUGAGGGCCUUGAUCAGAUCCCCAACAAUGUGGCCCACGCAACCGAGGGCAGAACAGCCCGUGUGUGCUGGAAGGGAAAGCGUCGCAGCAAAGCCCGCAAGAAAAGGAAGAAGAAGAAGAGCUCAAAGUCCCCGGCACAGGCAGGAGUGGCCUUAGCCAAACCCUGCCCCCGAACCCCUGAGCAGGAGAGCUGCACAGUCCCCGUGCAGGAGGAUGAGUCUCCAUUGGGCACCCCGUAUAUUAGAAGCAGCCCCCAGUUCACCAAACCUCUGAGGGAACCAGGCCUUGGCCAACUCUGUUUUAAGAAACUUGGUGAGGACCUACGGCCGGCACUGCCUCGAUCAGAACUUCACAAACUGAUCAGCCCCUUGCAAUGUCUGAACCACGUGUGGAAGCUCCACCACCCCCAGGACGUGGGGCCCCUGCCCCAGCUGGCUCACCCUUUCCCCUACAGCAGACUGCCCCACCCCUUCCCUUUCUGCCCUCUCCAGCCACGGAAAGCUCAGCCCCUGGAGUCCUUUGUCCUGGGCAAACUAGCCUGUGCAGACAGCCAGCAGCCCCUGCCUGGCCCACCCCUGGAGCCCAGCUACACAGCUCAUAGCGCCCAGGAGAAGUUCUCGGUGGAGGAAUACCUGGUCCACGCUCUGCAAGGCAGCGUGAGCUCGGGCCAGGCCCACAGCCUGACCAGCCUGGCUAAGACCUGGUCAACAGCAGGAUCCCAGCCCCGGAAGCCCAGCCCCGAAACUGAGGACUGCGAGGGAGUCCUGCUUACAGAGAAACUCAAGCCACUGGACUACGAGUACCGGGAAGAAGUGCACUGGGCCACACACCAGCCCCGCCUGGGCAGGGGCUCCUUUGGAGAGGUCCAUAGGAUGGAGGACAAGCAGACCGGCUUCCAGUGUGCUGUCAAAAAGGUACGAGUCGAGGUGUUCCGGGCAGAGGAAUUGAUGGCUUGUGCGGGGCUGACCUCACCCAGAAUCGUCCCCCUGUAUGGAGCCGUGAGAGAAGGCCCAUGGGUCAAUAUCUUCAUGGAGCUGCUAGAAGGCGGCUCGCUGGGCCAGCUCAUCAAGCAGAAGGGCUGUCUGCCGGAGGACCGGGCCCUCUACUACCUGGGCCAGGCCUUGGAGGGGCUGGAAUACCUGCAUUCACGAAGGAUUCUGCACGGAGAUGUCAAAGCUGACAACGUGCUCCUGUCCAGUGAUGGGAGCCGUGCGGCCCUCUGUGACUUUGGCCAUGCCGUGUGCCUUCAGCCCGAUGGCCUGGGGAAGUCCUUGCUCACAGGGGACUACAUCCCUGGCACGGAGACCCACAUGGCCCCAGAGGUGGUGACGGGUCGGCCCUGCGACACCAAGGUGGACGUGUGGAGCAGCUGCUGCAUGAUGCUGCACAUGCUCAACGGCUGCCACCCUUGGACCCAGUACUUCCGAGGGCCCCUCUGCCUCAAGAUUGCCAGUGAACCUCCACCAGUGAGGGAGAUCCCACCCUCCUGUGCCCCCCUCACGGUCCAGGCCAUCCAAGAGGGGUUGAGGAAAGAGCCCAUCCGCCGAGCGUCCGCCACAGAGCUGGGGGGGCAGGUCAGCCGGGCGCUGCAGCAAGUGGGCGGUCUGCAGAGCCCCUGGAGGGGAGACUAUAGAGAACCAAGGCCUCCCCCGCCAAACCAAGCUGGCUAUCAGGAGGCCCUGCAUGCCCAGCCCAGGGAGCUCUCAUCGGGGGACACCACAGGUGGGGCUCCUGAGCUCCAGCCUCUACCACCAGAGCCCCCAGAGCCGAACAAGUCUCCAACCCUGAACCUGAGCGAGGAGGAGUCUGGCACAUGGGAACCCUUGCCUCUGUCCUCCCUGGACCCAAGCCCCGGCAGAAACCCCAGCUCACCAGAGCGGAAGACCACCUUCCCCGAGCAGGAGCUGCAGCAGCUGGAAAUAGAACUGUUUCUGAACAGCCUGUCUCAGCCAUUUUCCCUGGAGGAGCAGGAACAAAUUCUCUCGUGCCUCAGCGUCGACAGCCUCUCCUUGUCAGAUGACAGCGAGAAGAACCCAUCGAAGGCCUCUCAGAGCUCACGAGACACCCUGAGUUCUGGUGUGCACUCGUGGGGCAGCCAGGCAGAGGCUCGGAGCUCCAGCUGGAACAUGGUGCUGGCCCGGGGGCGGCCCACUGACACCCCGAGCUACUUUAACGGUGUGAAAGUCCAAAUACAGUCUCUCAAUGGCGAACACCUGCACAUCCGAGAGUUUCACCGGGUCAAGGUGGGAGACAUUGCAACUGGCAUCAGCAGCCAGAUCCCAGCCGCAGCCUUCAGCUUGGUGACCAAAGACGGGCAGCCUGUUCGCUAUGACAUGGAGGUGCCAGACUCGGGCAUCGACCUGCAGUGCACCCUGGCCCCCGAUGGCAGCUUCGCCUGGAGCUGGAGGGUCAAGCACGGCCAGCUGGAGAACAGGCCCUAGCCCUGCCUCCACCUCGGGCUCCAUCCUGCCCCUGUGGCCUUCCUUCUCGGUGUCGUGCGGAGACACAGGCUCAGCUGUCUCCAGGGAUCUGCUAUCCCUUGGCUCAGUGCUGUGACCAGGGGCUGGUAGCAGCCAGAGGCGUUGGGAGAGGGAGGUUCACAAACGCCUCCCAGGACUCCCCGCCGAGUCCUGUGCAGCCCAGCCAAGAGAACACUGUGCCCACAGGAGACAGAGGACUCCGCCCUCAGGGACAGAGAGGUCUUCUCUGCCCUGCUCCAGAAGCGUGGGUCAGACCUGUUUGGAUCGGUGGCCGCUCAGGUAGUCAGGGGAGAGCACACCUGCCUUAGGGAGGAGGGACGAGCAAGCCCCGGGAGGGUGGCAGCGCCACAGGCCCACGCCAGGGCAUCCAGAACCAGCUGUGGGGCCUCUCACACCUACCUGGCUCUCUGCCCCUCCCUUUCGUGAGUCAAGGAGGAAAGUGCCUGACGCCAGAACACAGCACACUUGCUAGGUCACUGCAGCACAGGGCCUGGUGGAACUCCGGUCCAGGCAAGGACCAGAGAAGGUGACAGAGUGAAGUGGUCCUCAGCCCGCAAGCACAUUCGCCUUUGCUGCUGGGCUGCGCUCCUGCCCCUGCCUCCAGCUGGCUGGCACACAUCUGUUCCCUCACCUGCAAAGAGGAGGACGAGAGGCCCACCCGGCAGGAGCAGCCCACAGGUGGGGCACGCUGGGCGCUAUGGGGAGCAGCAGACACAAGCGCUGCUGCUCCCCGGGCCAGUGUCGGCGUCCAGCCCGCCGGCCCCCUGGAAACACUCCGCUGCCCCGUCACAGGGCACUGCCAGCUCCACGUUGCACUCUGAUGAGCUCAAAGCACUUUCCCCGCAGCCCUCCAGGAGGCGAGCCAGUGGGCCUGCAUGGUGCAGGCAGGCAAGGGGGUGGGGCAGAGGGCCUCGGCUCCACUCGGGCACGUGACUCCUCAAACCUCUUCCAGAUUUUCCCACGAGCACCCCUUCCCCACCGCCCCAGCCACGCUUCUGGGGGAGCUGCUCAGGACUCAUGUAGCAUUAAAUCAACUGUGAAUUGUUGGGGGCAGGCACUGAGACUCCUCAGGAGAAACAUGUCCGCGCUCGCCAUGGUGGCCUCUGUCCAGCUGUUCCCCCAGGGCCAGCCAGCUCCCAGGGAGGGGCCCCGCCCCCAGCACAUGAGGAACUGCAGCCUUGGUACUGUGGAGUUCGGGGUGGAGAGAAUUUGCAAGCAAUAAAGUUUGGGGUGAUGUGUUCCUA